AUAAAAUAGGUCUACCGAAACAAAACACGUUUCCUGUUUCAUCAUCUUGUUUCACAAUCAUCACAGAUUUUUACAAUUCUCUGUGAUAAUUUGUUGAAACUGAAAGAAUUGGUUCCCAUAGCAAAAUUCUGAACUAAAAAUGAAACGAAGUCAACCUAAGUGGGAACCUCCUUCAAACGAAGGAAAAACAAAAUUAAAGCUUUUUAACAGCUUGACUCGACAAAAGGAAGUCUUCAUUCCACAAUCUGGGAACACAAUUAAAUGGUACAACUGUGGCCCUACUGUCUAUGAUGCUGCUCACAUGGGCCAUGCAAGGUCAUACAUUUCAUUUGACAUCUUGAGGCGAGUCCUGUCUGAUUAUUUCAAAUUUGACAUCUUUUACUGCAUGAAUAUUACUGACAUCGAUGACAAGAUUAUAGUCAGAGCACGACAACAAUAUUUGCUGCAGCAGUACAUUGACAGUAAGCCCAGCCCUGACCAGGUGAAACAGGACGUAGAAUCUUCUUUAAAGCGUUUAAAUUCAAAGAUAGCAGAUGAAACGGACCCAGAUAAACUCAACAUGCUGACCAAAAUGCAGCAAAAAGUUAUGGCUCUAAUGGACAGUGGAGAUGCUGGACAAAAUGUGAAUACUGUUAGAUUAGAAGAGAUCAGUGAUGUUCUGGCACCAUGGCUAGACAAAACAAAAGGCUCAGGAGUCACAGACAAUUCCAUUUUCUCUAGUCUACCAAAGUACUGGGAGGAGGAGUUUCACAAGGAUAUGGAGGCGUUGAAUGUACUACCUGCAGAUGUGCUGACACGAGUUAGUGAAUACAUCCCUGAAGUUGUUGAAUACAUUCAGAAAAUCAUUACAAAUGGAUAUGCUUAUGAAUCUAAUGGCUCAGUUUAUUUUGACACAACUGCAUUUGAUACCUCACCCAAUCAUUUCUAUGCAAAAAUGGUACCAGAAGCAUAUGGAGACAAAAAAGCUUUAGCAGAAGGAGAAGGUGAACUAACUGCCACAGAAAGCGGUGAGAAACGCAAUGCUACAGACUUUGCAGUGUGGAAAGCUUCUAAACCUGGUGAACCAUCUUGGGAUUCUCCAUGGGGAAAGGGCAGACCUGGCUGGCAUAUUGAGUGCUCUGUGAUGGCCAGUGAUGUUUUGGGAGAGUCCAUGGAUAUCCACUCCGGGGGUUUUGACCUCAAGUUUCCACAUCAUGACAAUGAAUUAGCGCAAGCAGAGGCAUAUUUUGAGCAUGACCACUGGGUGCGCUAUUUUAUCCACUCUGGUCACCUAACAAUUGAUGGCUGCAAGAUGUCGAAAUCUUUAAAGAACUUCAUCACAAUCCGUGAAGUGUUAAACAAGUACACAGCCAGACAGAUCAGGCUGCUCUACCUGCUUCAUGCAUGGAAAGAUACCCUAGAUUACAGUGAAAAAACAAUGGAUGUUGCCUUAGAAUUUGAAAAGACAUUGAGUGAAUUCUUCUUGAAUGUAAAAGAUUGUGUCCGGUCUGUGCCUUCAUCUGGGACAGCUGCCUGGAGUAAAUGGACUGAAGAAGAGGUCAAAUUGAAUGAAAAAUUCCAAGCAAAACGGCAAGGAGUGCAUGAAGCUCUUUGUGAUAAUGUUGAUACAAGGGGUGCCAUGGAUAACCUACGAGAACUAGUCUCCGUCGGCAACUCUUACAUGUCAGCAGCCCGCAGCAAGCAACGAGUGGUGAACAGAUCUCUACUGAUGAACAUAGCUGGCUUCAUUACAGAGAUACUAAAGACUUUUGGAGCUAUCCCUAAAGACCAGAGUAUUGGAUUUCCGCAAGGUGGAUCACAGAGUACUAAUGUGGAAGAAGUUGUCAUGCCUUAUCUUUCUGCUUUUGCUGACUUCAGAGAUAAAAUCAGGUCCAUUGCAAAAGAAACCAAAGAUGUCGCGGUUUUGAAAGAAUGUGAUAAACUUCGAGACACAGUUCUGCCUGAACUUGGUGUUCGACUGGAGGAUCACGAGGGUGCUCCAACAAUCAUUAAACUUGUUGACAGAGAAACAUUAAUGAAAGAAAGAGCCGAAAAACAGAGGUUGGAAGAAAAGAAAUUAUUAGAAAAAGAAAAGCUUAAACAAGAACAGCUGGCUAAAGAAGCACAGAAAAGAAUCCCGCCAUGGGAGAUGUUUAAAAAAGAAACAGACAAAUAUUCCAAAUUUGAUGAAAAAGGAAUACCCACACAUGAUACUAAAGGUGAAGAGAUUGGAAAUAAAGCCCUAAAAAAAUUGCUAAAACUGUACGGAAUUCAAGAAAAGAAAUACAAUGAUUACCUCAAAUCUGUGAACCAAUAAAAAAAAAAGCAUGAAAUAAACAAUGAAUCCACAGCCUGCAACAUUCUGGUUAUACAGAUUGUUUUCAAAACUGAUGCAUCAGCUGGUGCAACCAUGGCAAUUAAAAACUUACUGUAUUUAUCUGGCUUCUUUAUAAAUACUUUCAUUAACUUUUAACUUAUCCAAUGUAUUUUAUUUCAAUUGUUUGACUUUGGUGAUAUUUCAGUGAAAUUUGUAUUUAACUUGAACAUUGCACAAUAAAUUGACUAAUUUUCUUUUGGUAACAGCUCA